CAUUCUUUUUUUUGUUUUUACAUUUGUGUUUUCUGCACUGAAACCCUAGCGUUUCGGGAGCAUGUAUAAGGAGAGUGGAUUGAAGUCGGAGGUAGUCGAUCGUUUGGAUAAUGUGGCGUUUCAUCCGAUGUUUCAGACUGUAAAUGGAGCAUCUUACUCCCUCAUGCAAUUGCACGACCACAUCAAUCGUGAUUCACUUUCUGACGGUAACUAUUCCUUUUUUCCGUACCUAGGGUUUGCUUCUGGUCUCUUCAUUUUUGGGAUUCACUUUUUCCUCCUUGUUUCUUUAACUUCUGGAUAUUUCUGGGCGUUUCUUCUGUUUUUGGUAUUAGCUGUAGAUGAAUCUGGGAUCAGUGGUUCUGAUGUAAAGGACACCUCAUGGAUAUCUUGGUUCUGCAACCUACGUGGGAACGAGUUAUUCUGCCAAAUUGAUGAUUAUUACAUUCAGGAUCACUUUAACUUGUGUGGACUCAUCCAUCAAGUUCCCUACUAUGACUAUGCCCUUGAUUUGAUUUUGGAUGUUGAUUGUACUCAUGGUGAGAGGUUUACAGAGAAACAAUAUGAAUUGGUCGAGUCAGCUGCAGAGAUGCUAUAUGGAAUGAUUCAUGCUCGUUACAUAUUAACAAGCCAAGGGCUGGCUUCUAUGUUAGACAAAUACAAAAACUAUGCCUUUGGAAGAUGCCCAAGAGUUGACUGUUGUCGCCAGCCUUGUUUACCGAUUGGUCAAUCUGAUAUCCCUCUAGCAAGCACCAUUAAGAUAUACUGCCCCAAAUGUGAAGACGUGUAUUACCCAAGAUCAAAAUACCAAGCAAGUAUCCUUUUUCUUAUUUCACUUACACCCCCACUUAUAUACACAAUGCUUAAUAAUGAGUAUAUAGCCUGGUUUUGCUUCUCUCUCAAUAAAUAUUCUCACUAUGAUGUAUUGUUUUUCUGCAAUCUUUGUUUUUGCCGCCCUUUAACAUAAAAAAAAAAACAGACAUAGAUGGAGCUUACUUUGGGACAACGUUUCCACAUCUGUUCCUGAUGACGUACGAAGAUCUGAAGCCACAAAAAGCCUCACAGAGCUAAGUUUCUAAAGUGUUUGGGUUUAAGUUACACAAGCCGUAAAGGAAAGAAAGUAGAGGAACCAGGUACAAGAGCAUCAUUCGUUUUGAGAAAGCAGGAGACGUGUCAACCAAACGAAAUGUGGAAUUAGUUUAUCUCUCUCUCUAGGUUUUCAAGAAAUUAGCAAGUGAUGUUAUUAUUGUAAACCUAGGUUAACGUGUAAUACUAAAACUGUAAUACUUAUUAUGUUAUUGUUCUCUCUGCUUUCAUCUUAGUUUCCAAUGAAGUAAA